UCGAUCAGUCUAUUGAUUGAUUGAUUGAUUGAUUGACAAAUUGAUUAGUCAAUUGAUUGAUUGAUUGAUUGAUUGAUUGAUUGAUUGAUUAGGUUAUGGAUCAUCAUCACGUGGCUCACUACAUCCCCACCGUUCUCGUGGAUCGGAUUGAGACUCACAGGCGGUGUCGAGAUGUGCCGUUUCUGGUACUUUUCGUUGUCUUUUGGUGCGGCAUGCUGGUGGCUGCCGGCAUCGCUUUCAGGGAAGGCAACCCUCGCAGACUUGUGUAUGGCCUCGAUUACAAGGGCAACCUGUGCGGGUCCUCUCACGGCGAUCCUAACCUCCAGGGAUACAACAUUCGCUAUUGGAUGAAUCCGAAGCAGGUGAUCGAGAGCGGCGACAUAACUUUUUCCGUAAGUCUCAGAGAUGCGCGAGCCAUUUGUCUUCGCGCCUGCCCUCCGAUCGCGGAAGGCAUCAAUUCCUCCUUGUCCUGGGUCUGCGAUUACCCGGAGAUCAACGCGGGCAACUCCACCAGCCCGCUGCAUCAGCUGACAAUCAAGGACUGGGCGGAUAGAAACUACAGCUACUUCGAGUUGCUGGAUGCUACUCAACGGCUGUCCUCUUUGCGACUGGAAGGCCCUUGCUACCCAGUGCUGAUCGAGACGACGAGUCUGUUCUGGAGCUGCCAGCCGGAGGCCAACAUCAGCUUCCCGAUGUACGAGCUAUGGCGGCAAAUCAACGGCUCCGCCGUCACCUUCCACAGCAUCAGCAUCUGGGACUCCGUCAACAGGUAUUUGAGCGACCCGUCGGCCGUGCUGCAGCGCUACGUGGCCGACCUAGGUAAGGCCUGGCCCGUCCUCGUGGUCUGUUCUGCCAUAGCUCCUCUCGUGCUGUGUUCGGUCUGGCUGGUGUUCGUGCGCUUCUUUGCGAGAUUCACGGUGUGGCUGACCAUCAUCUUGGUCAACGCGCUAGCGAUCUUGGUGAUGCUGCUGUUCUACGUCAAGGCGGGGUCGUUGAAGAAGAGUUCGGUGGAGGCGGUGGUGGGGGCGGAGGCGGCGGCGACCGUGCUGGGGAUCGACGGAGCGGCGGCGGAGCGCGAGCAUCUCAAGGUCACUGCCAUCUUAUACACGCUCGUGCUGGCGGUGCUGCUGCUCUUCAGCGCCGUGAUGCUGCGGCGGAUCCACUUCGCCUCCGGCAUUCUCAAGGUCGCGUCCAAGGCCAUGGCCGCGAUCCCGACCCUGCUCGUCUUCCCCAUCCUCCCCUUCGCUGCCUCCGUGCUCUUCGGCAUUUUCUGGGUCUACGUGGCCUCCUACCUGUUCAGCGCCGGCGACGUCACUCGACGAGACUGCCUGGGCGCGGAGCAGUGCCGCUCUUACAGCGUCGCGCUUCUGCGCACCGUCACCGGGCCGGAGAACUGCUGCGGCUACGACAUCAAAUACAACACUCGGCUUAAAUGGGCCAUGGUCUAUCACAUCUUCGGCUGCUUCUGGACUUUGCAAUUCAUCCUCGCGUGCUCCAUGACGACCAUCGCCGGCGCCGUCGCCAGUUUCUACUGGACCAAGAGCGACAAGGCCGCGAUCCCGUUCCACCCUGUCACCAACGCCGCCACCCGUACGAUCCGCUACAGUCUGGGAUCGAUGGCUCUGGGCUCGCUCGUCAUUGGCAUCGUCGGACUGAUCCGCUGGCUCUGCGAGUACCUCCGGCGCAAGCUUCUCGCCGACGACACCAGCGUCAUCCGCUACGUCUGCUGCUGCACCGAGUACUGCCUCGUCUGCCUCGACUACGUCGUCAAAUUCGUUAAUCGCAACGCCUACAUCAUCAUCGCCAUCAAGGGCUAUGGAUUCUGUCAGGCGGCGGCGCGCGCGUCCAUGCUGAUCGUCGACAACAUCCUGCGGGUGGCCGCGGUCAGCGUGCUGGGGGAUUUCGCACUCUUCCUGGCCAAGCUCAUGGUGUCCUUCGCCUGCGCGUUUUUGGCCUUCCUCAUGCUGGAAGACCUGAGGUACAAGAGCGGGGAAAAUCGAGUGUCCAGCCCUCUAGCGCCCGUCUUGUUCUGCAUGGGAGUCAGUUUCAUCGUCGCGUACAUAUUCUUUACUGUCGUGGAAGUGGCCAUGGAUACCAUCAUUUUGUCGUUUUGUGAAGACUGCGAGGAGAACAACAACGUGCCCAUCUUUGCCCCGAGGGUCUUGAUGGAGACCAUCAAGAUGGCGCAGGACGAGCAUGAGCAUCGAGCGCGGAGACGAGAGAGGAGGAGGAGGAGGACUGAAGCCGAGCACCGAAUCCCUCACGUAGCUCCCAUCGUCCAUGGAAUUCAUUAACCAAAUGAAUUACUAAUGGGGGAAAAUUGAAAGAAUGUGGAAUCAAAUUGAAAGAAUGUGGAAUCAAAUUUAGAGAAUGUG